GAAGCCUUGAUUUGGGAUUCUGGGUUCCUUUUGUCAGUUUAUGUACUGAGAAAUGUCGUCUGCUGGUAUCACUGCUUCGCCACUGCACUGCACUCCACUCUCAAUUCAGCACCAAUCAUCUUCAUUCAUCCAUUUCUCUAAAAAAUUCAGUGGAAAAUCUUCAUUUAUUGUGUAUUUCAAUCUACCCAGUAAAAAAUCUCUCUCAAAACCAAUCAAAUUUCAUGUAAAUUGCUCUUCAAGCAGCCAAUUGUCGAGUUCAUCAGACCAAAAUCUCCCUCCUCGAGAACAAGAACUAGAAAUAGAACAGGAGGAAAAAAAAGAGGGAUUUUGGAAAAAAUGGAAGGUAAAUUCAGCAGAAAUGAGUGCAAAAUUGGCAAAGCUUGGAUUAGCAGCUGUGCUUGCUUAUGGAUUGUUUGAUGGGGUCACUUACACCAGUUUCUUUGUGAUGGCCUUUCUUGGAUAUGAGAAGAGUACUGGCAACAAUCCUGCUGCUAAUAUCAAAUCACUUAUUGGGAUAGUUCUCUUGAUGUGGGCUGGAAACAACGUCACAAGACCCUUUCGAGUGGCAGGGGCAGCAGCACUCGCCCCAGUUAUAGACCAAGAAUUAAAGAAGAUCCAGAAAGCUCUCAACUUACCCAGUCUUGUUUACGCUUUUGCCCUUGUGGCAGGAAUUGUUGCUGCAUCUUGUUUUACAGUUGCAGGUCUGCUAAUUCUUUCAAGAUGGGGAGCAUAGAUUUCAAGUUGAGGAAUGUAGCAGAAGAAAGCUACCUUUGGCUUAAUGUUAUAAUCUUGAAGCCAAAUUUCUCUAUCAAUUUUUUGCAGAAUUUACUUGUAUAGAUAAUAGCUUGAUAAACUUUCUUAACAAACUUAUUAUUUAGACAAAGGCUCCAGAAUUUACUUGUAUA